UUCAAAGUAAACUUAAUGUUAAUCUGAUGAGCAAGAGGUUUAACAAAAAAGUAUUUUUAAUAUCGCAGAGAGAGGGUGUAAUGUCAUGCGAAAUGUUUUAUGGUGGGAUAAAUGCUUGUAGCAAGACGCAAAGAUUUUAAGUCAAUCCGCAACAGACCGUUUUUAACCAAUAAGACAGAACUCAGACAGCUGUGGUCAAUUAUUCAAAAAAUGACAUCUUUAAUGGUGGUUGUGUUACUGACAGUGAGUCAUGUUGAGACAUUGUCACUAUUAUCGAUGAAAGAAAAAGGUUGCGAUUACGAAAUAGCAACAAAGAAGUUAGAUGGUGACUUCAUAAUUGGCGGAAUAUUUCCCGUACAAGGAUAUCGUUCCAACUUGCAGAAAUACGUAUUAAGUCCUCAGGCGAUUACGUGGACGGAAAGUUUUCUUUACGCAGUCAAUCAAAUUAACAGCCAGUCAGAUUUACUACCUGGAGUGCGAUUAGGUUACGACAUCCGAAACAGUUGUAACAACGAGCAUUUGGUGAUAAAUUACACACUAGACUAUAUGAUCGAUAAAGCAUUUGUUGAAGAGAAGCAAAACAAAUCAGCGAAAUAUGCGAUUUGUGAAUGCAGCAACAAAACGACAGUAGCAGCUGUUGUAGGGGAAGAUUCGUCGCAUUUGUCUGCUGCAAUGUCGAAUCUUCUUAGUACGGAUUACAUGCCACAGAUCUCGUACCGUUCCACCAGUCCAACAUUAGGCAUCAAGUCGAUUUAUCGAAGCUUUCUGCGAACACUACCGUCUGAUCUAUACCAAACACGAGCCAUCACAGACUUACUUUACACAUUUAACUGGUCGUACGUUUCUGUGUUAGCUUCAGACGAUGAUUAUGGCAGACAAGCCCUUGAUAACUUAAAUUAUGAAAUGAAAAGUAAGAAUAUGUGCAUGGCACUGCAACGAACGUUCGAUCCAGGUUUUCCAGGAAACGACUUGAAUAAUAUUGUGUCUGAGAUAAGAAAAUACCAAGACAAAUCUAGCGUUGUUGUUUUAUGGUGUCAAGUGUUGCAAGCGAUACAAAUUAUUGAAAAGGCGUACGACGAAGGUUUAACUAACAUUACCUGGAUCGGAACCGAAAUAAGUAGAACUGACUUCAGAGUAUUAAGGAUUCAAAAAUCAAAUCUUAGUGUCAUUGGGAUAACAAUGAGUGAUAAAGUCGUACCUGGUUUUCUUAAACACAAAAAAAACCUUGGUAGAGAAUCGCCAUUUUCAAAUCCAUGGUUAGAGCCCUUUUGGUUAGCACUUGGUAUUUGUCCCAUUAACAAAACAUCAGCAACAUUUCCUUGCUACGACUAUUUUAAACCAAGUGGCGUUAUACUUCCUGUGACAGGACAUUAUAACGUCAUGGCUGCAGUCUAUGCAAUAGGACACGGUCUACACAAACUUCUCAAUUGCAAGAAAAGAAAUGGAAAGUAUACAUGUUCAGAUAAAGAAAAGUCAUUUAACUAUAGAUCUCUUCUGAACAACAUUAAGCAGGUUCGAUUCUCCAUUCCCACUACAAAUGACACGUUUAAAUUUGCAGAAAAUGGCGACGUAGAUUCCAGCUCAUACAGGUUUGCCGUCGUGACAGAGGUGAUGGACAGAGGAAAAAUCACUAAGCAGUUUCGAAACAUAGGAGAAUGGAAUGGUGCGACAAGAAAAAUUAAAUUUUAUCGAUACUUUGACACAUGGAGAAUCAACAAUGUAGCCAAAGCAGUAUGCAGUUUACCAUGUCCACCCGGAACUUAUAUCAUACACAGUUCUGUUUCAUGUUGUUGGAAGUGUUUGGAAUGUCAAAAAGACACUAUCAGCACCUUAAACAAUCAGCUAAAAUGUCAGAAAUGCGCAGAAACACAAAUCUCGAACACAAAACAUACACAGUGCGUCAGCCUCCAGAAUAAGAACCUAUCAAUUCACAAAUAUGAAGGCCAAACCAUGUUCGCCAUCUCCUUGAUCGGAGUAUUCCUGACAAUGUUUGUGAUCGUCACUUUCUUAAGAUAUUGGGAAACACCAGUGGUCAAAUCAUCGAGUAGAGAGAUGUCCAUAAUACAACUAACCUCGAUAAUGUUGUUGUUUUGCUUACCUCUCUUGUUCAUGAUGGACAUAUCCACGCCCAUCUGUAUGCUGCAGACAACAUGCUUCGGAACUCUGUACGCACAAAUAAUAGCUUUCAUUGUCAUCAAAACAUACCGUCUUUUAUACGUGUUUAGACAAACUAGUUUUACAAAGGUGUCCAAGUAUUUGCAGAAUCGCUACCAAGUGUUCAUAUCCUUUAUGCUGGUACUUUUGGAAUUAAUAGCCAUAUCUGUAUGGUACACAAUAAACAAGCCACGGAAAGAACUGUUACGAGAUGAAGCUCAUAAAAAUUACAUAUAUUACUGUGGUGUAGAUGAGGAUAUAUUGCUCUACGCUAUCAUAGGAUAUAUUUUCUUUCUAUCCUUAGUAAGUGGUUUUAUGGCAUUUAAAGCAAGAAGUUUACCCGAAAACUUUAACGAAGCACAAUUUAUUUGGUUUGGAAUGUUUGUCACGUGCUUGUGUUGGCUGCUAUUCAUUCCACUGUAUCUAAGCCUAGACAGAACAAAGAAAGCAAUAGUACUGCUCUGCAUAACCAUGGUUUGUAAUUUUUGUCUCCUGCUCUUGCUUUACGGUUACAAGAUCAAAAUUAUUCUUUUCAACCCAAAACUGAAUACACAAGCUCAUUUCCGAAAAAUGGCAGCAAAUGUGACUGUGACGACGUUUUUAAAUGAAACCACGGUAGCGGGGGAGAAAAGACCAAGAGAACAAUCUGUGAUUAGCUUCGACUUUGACGGUAUGUUCACAGAAUACCGAGCAAGGGUGAAACAAAACAGCUUUAGUUUGCCUGCGCGCAAACUGACAAUUAAACUUCGCAAACCAAACCUUCAUUUUCCGUCAACAAAUAAAAACAAGAAUGAAGUGCCUAAAUCCGACAAUAACAAGAGAAAGUCGAUGAAAAAACACAAAGCCAAACGUCACAAAACUUUUCAAUUACCAAAAGACAAAGUAGCAGCAACUAUGCAAAGGAGCAUUUCUCUUGAUGAAAUCAAAAUUCACCGACUGAGCAUGAAAAAUAUUGAAGCUCAAGUGCAAGAAGACAACAUAUAUAAUACCGCUUCAAAUAAUAUUUACCACAUGGCUUCUGAAAACAUGGCUAGGAAUGUCGGUUUAGCAUCUACUUCAAAAUUGGACCAUGAAGUAGCUCACAGUAAGGAAGAAAUAUUUAGUCCUACAAGUAAAAACUCGUUAGCCGCUUUAAUAAGACCUGACUGAAAAAGAUGAAAGACAAUAAGUUAGUAGUAAAAACGGACGUUUGCGAUUUAGAAAUAAAAAUUUAACACACACACACAAACAAACACGAUAAUCAAGAAAGAAAUUCGUACAAAAGAGACGCUGAAAGAAACUGAUUCAUAAAAUUUUCGCGAUGCUCGCACACCUCAUGGAAUCUUUUGAAAACAUUUAGCGAGAAGAAAAAAAAAAUACAGAAUUAAGUACAAAGUAAAACACUCCUAUGCGUCAAGGGUAUGAAUUACUUCAUUUUACUAUAAAAUUCAGUUACGAGAAAACAAAAACCAAAAACAGCAACAAAAAAAUCUUUGCAAUUGAGCCACUAAAUGCCUUUCACAGAAUUGCUAUGUCCAAAUUGUAUAAAAAAAUCCUGCGAAAAGUAAUGAUGCAACAUAUUCUGUCUGAAAAAUCUUUGCCCUUAACGUAUAUCCUUCUUUUAGGUCUCAUUUUUAUAAAUUUGUAAAAAUUGUAUCUAGUUUUGCAGAUGGAUAUAAAUUAUUUAAUAUACUACAAGGGUUUUUUGAGCUUUUAUUGGAAAUUUUUUGUGAAAAUUUUCCAGUUCCAGCAUAAAGUAACGUUCCCUUUCCCAGCACCCCCGGGCUUUAUAUGAUAUUUUUAACGUUGAAAUGCGAGCCAUAAAAACAUAUGUGGGCACCUGACAUAUUCUUGUGGAACCAAUCGUGUAUUUGAAAGGUAAACCUUUAAAAUGAUAGAGCUAUUAGUGUAUAGAGCUACAUUGACAGUAAUAAAACACAAAACACUAGUACACCUCAGAAAACUACCACAUAAAUAUAUAUAUA